AUUUCACCGCUAGCGAUGGAGUUCAAAAUAAUUUUUUUCGGAUUUUUAACAAUUAUCAGCUCAAUCAAAGCUACUCAUCUUUUACACCGUCGUUUACAUGGCGGCUCAGGUCGCCUUGGCCAUUCACAGUCCAGUGGUAACUAUGGAGGUUCGGUCCAAGAAACAUUGCAGUAUUCAGGAGGAUCGGGGAAUUAUGGAGGUUCUGUUCAAGAAGUAGAGUAUGGAUCUUUAUAUAAUGGGGGCUCGUUGCAACAAACGGAGUUCCAAGGAGGAUCUCUAAAUAAUGGGGGCUCGUUGCAACAAACGGAGUUCCAAGGUGGGUCUUUAAAUAAUGGGGGUUCGUUGCAACAAACUGAGUUCCAAGGAGGAUAUUUAAGCAAUGGGGGUUCGUUGCAACAAACUGAGUUCCAAGGAGGAUCUGGAGGCGAUCAAAGUUUUUUUGAAACAAUUCAGUCUGGAUCUGGAAGUAAUGGAAAUUCAGUGCAAGGAGUUGAAUAUCAAUCUGGAAAUAACGUAGGUUCCUUACAAGGAGGAGAGUAUGGAUUUGGAAAUAAUGGGGGGCAGAUUCAACAAGUAGAAUAUAGUUAUGGAAAUACUGGAGGUACACUUGAAGGGGUACCAAACCAAGUUUCUCCUGGCGUUGGAAAUAGCCAAAACGUAGUCGAGGUAAACAACGUACCAAACGAAUUUAAUGGCGUUGGACAAAGUCAAGUAUCCAACGGUGGUAACAUUCAAUCUGUGGAAAGUGGAGGCUCUCAAACUCAAGGCAAUGGUGGUCAAAAUGGUCAAACGAUUGUUACGAAUGGUCUUUCUAAGUUGGAACAACAUAGACUGAAUCACAAACAAAAACUUGAAGCUCACGAAGCUAAAAAGCGCGAACAUUUAGCUUCUCUUAAAGAAGCACAUCAAAAAAGGCGCGAAGAACACGAAAAAUUGAAGCAGGACAGAAGAGAUCGUAGGAAAUUAGGCCAUAAUCAACCGGGUCUUCAAACAGUUGGUCAAACUAUAACUACAAAUCAAGUAUUAGGCACAGAAAAUGUUCCGACGGGAAAUAUUAUUGUUGGAAAUGGCGGUGGACAAAAUACCGAGACAGUGCAAACUACAACUACAAAUCAAGUGUUAGGCACUGAAAAUGUUCCCACAGGAAAUCUUAAUGUUGGAAAUGGCGGUGGACAAAAUACCGAGACAGUGCAAACAGUCAAUCAAAACGUCAACGUUGGUGGAGGAUCUCAAGGACCAACUACGAAUGUUAAUGGAUAUAAUAAUGAUAAUCCCAAUUACGACGUGAGGAUUGAAAAUUUACCAGAUAGUUCAAUACCAAAUUCAAAUAUUAAUGGUGGUGUCGAUGAGGGUGUUCGCAAUUUCCGUGGAGACAUACCAAAUGAAAAUGGCAAUCUUCAAGGUACACAGCUUCGUGAAACUGUCACCAAUAUCAAUACAAACGUUCCAAAUAGCCCUCAGCCAACUCAAAAUGGUCAAAUUAUACAAAAUGGAAAAAUAUAUUUUAAACAACAUAUUCAUCAACCAGGUUACCACCAAAAGAUUCAUGGCUAUGUUAACGUAAAUCAGCCAAAUCAUGGCGUCACAGAUAUAUCGACUAUCACUGACAAUAAUCAAAAUGUUUUGGGUUCGCAACACCAAACUCUCCGAGAACGUUUAGCUGAGAAAAAAAAAUUACUUAAUGAAAAAAAACAAGGUAUUCGACAAGAUUUAGCGCAACGAAAAGAAGCUUUGCAAGGAAAAUUACAACAGCAUAUACAAGACGCGGCUCAACGCAAAGAAGUUUUACGAGAAAAGAUUCAGCAAGGAAAGGAAGCCUUGCAGGGAAAAUUACAACAGCAUCGUCAAAGUAAUUAUGUUAAUUUUGAUAGAGUUUCUGUAGCAAAAUUUUGCAACGUUGCACAACGCAAAGAAGUUUUACGUGAAAAGGUACAGCAAGGAAAGGAAGCAUUGCAAGGAAAAUUACAGCAAGGAAAGGAAGCUUUGCAAGGAAAGUUACAACAACAUCUCCAAGGCCUGACUGGUGAUAAUGGAGGGCUUGUUCAUUCUCACCCAAGGCACGGGGGCCACCUGCAUCAAACGACUCACGUCAAAGGCAACAUAGGGGGAUUGGGAUCGCUCGGUGGUACUUUGGGAUCGCUAAGAACCCAAGGAUCAUUGGGAACGCAACAAUCGACUCUUGGUUUAAACGUCGGCGUUAACGGUGGCAAUGUUCAAAUUGGAGGCGGGACGAGUGGAUCCCAAUCGACUCAGCAACUCACUGUCGGUGGCACCGGAGGAAACGUUCAAAUUGGCGGUGGUGGAGUAGAUUUGAAUCAAGGAUCGCAAUUGCUGAAUGUCGGUUUGACCGGCGGCGCAGGUGGUUCCAACAGAAACUUGCAAAUCGGUGGCGGUGGAGUAGAAGUAACGCAAGGAUCGCCAUCCCCGAACGUUGGUCUCGGUGGCGUUAGUCAAAACGUACAAAUCGGCGGUAGCGGAGUAGAUAUAACACAAGGAUCGCAAUCGCCAAAUGUCGGUAUAACGGACGGCUUAGGCGUUGGUGGUGUCAAUACAAACCUUCAAAUUGGUGGCGGCGGACUGGACGUAACGCAAGGAUCACAAUCUCUCAAUGUCGGUGGUGGUGGCGGCUUGGAUUUAACUCAAGGCUCUCAACAACUCAACGUUGGGGGUAGUGGUCUUGAUUUAAAACAAGGCUCUCAACAACUCAAUGUUGGGAUCGGUAACGAAAAUGUGCAAAUCAGUGGUGGUUCGAGUGGUGGUUCGAGUGGCGGAUCGAGUAGCGGAUCGAUCACCGAGACAGUCAGAGGAGACCUUGGUGGUGGGAAUUUGAACGUGGGAAGUUUGGGUUCGACUCAAGUAUUCUCUUCGGGUGGUGGUUCUGAAUUGGGCGGUGGAUCCAGCGGACUCAAUUUCGGAGGACUUCAAUCGAGCGAGACGAUCGUCGGAGGUGGGUCAUCCGGUGGUUCUAGCUUCGGUGGUUCCAGCUUUGGUGGCCAGUCCGGCUUCGGUGCUCUGUCUUUCGGGGGUGCGGGUGGAAGUUACGAAUCGAGCGUAUUAGGAGGCCAGGUCGCACUCGGUCAAUCGGGUUUCAAAGCUCGUCAAGUCGAGUUCGGCGGUGCUCUGCUGCAACAAUCCGCAUACUCUAGUAGCAGUAGUUUCUCGUAUUCACAGGGGGGAGGCAGCGUAGGAGGAAGUUAUUUCUCGUCUCAAUUGGGUUGA